AUGUUUGAGGCAAAAUUAGCCGUUGGUAUUGCAACUGCAUGUUCUACAGUUGCUAUUUUAGCUGUCAUUACUACUAUUCCUUCACUUUAUAAUGAAAUUUCUGAACUUCAAGAAGUUGUAAAUGAUGGUAUUCAUGCUUUCCGUCUUGAAACUGAUGCUGCUUGGACUGAAUUAAUGGGUAUACAAAUUUCUGUUACACCACCAUCAAAACCAAAAAUAAAUCCAUUUAACAGUAUCUUCCGUCAAAAACGUCAAGACUUUAGUGGUCUUCCAGCAUGGUGUCAAUGUGAACCAACUAAGCCUACUUGCCCUCCAGGACCUCCAGGACCACCAGGUCCACCAGGUGAAAAUGGUACUCCAGGAUCUCCAGGACCAAAAGGAGAAGAUAAUCUUACAACUCAUGCUCCAAUUGUAUGUCCAUCAGUAUCAAAGGAUUGUAUUAAAUGCCCACAAGGACCUCCAGGACCAAAUGGACCUGAUGGAGAACAAGGACCACCAGGACCAGAUGGACAUCCAGGAUCACCAGGUGCUCCAGGUAAUGACGGAAAACCAGGAGCUCCAGGACCACAAGGAGAUGCUGGUGCACCAGGUGCUCCAGGUAAAGAUGGACAACCAGGACCACCAGGAGCUAAUGGAACAAGAGCAAAAGGAAAACCAGGUCCAAAAGGUCCUUCCGGAAAACCAGGAAGUCCAGGUAAAAAAGGAGAAGAUGGUCCACCAGGUGCUCCUGGACAACCAGGAUCAGAAGGUCCAGCAGGAACAUCCGGAAAUCCAGGUACUCCAGGAACUGAUGGAAAACCUGGAGCCCCAGGAGGUCCAGGAAUUCCAGGUACUGAUGCAGCAUAUUGUCCAUGUCCACCACGUAGUGCCGUUUUCCUUACGAAACAUUAA